AUGAGUCGCCGCCGCGGAGGAAAUUGCCCUAAUUCCCUUGAGGUUAUGCAGCAGCUUGUAGAUCUUACUCAAUCUAAGCUGUCACUGGAUCUCAUAUGCGUACUUCCAGAGCGCGAAUCGAUGAGCACGAGAUUCAUCACACAAACUCUCGGAUCCGAUGUGAACUGUUCUUGUUGUAUCUACCGUCAACACCUAGUUGAUCCGGCUUCUUGUUACGUAUUCAAGAGCCGCGAAACGGGAAGCAGGACCAUUGUCAACUACAACGAACUGCCGGAGAUGACCUUCGACGAGUUCAAGUCUUCAGUGGAAAAGCUUGGGUCAAUAGAAGAUACCUGCUUUCAUUUUGAGAUAAAGCCGUCGGCAUUAAUCAGUGUUGAACUUGAGAACCCGCAUCGUCUUGGACUGGAAAAUCUUGCUGCUGAGGCAGACUUUGUCUUUUAUGCCAAAAGCUGGGCCCAAGCAUUUGGCUAUUCAUCCAUGGAGAAAUGUCUAGAAGCACAGAUUACUGUUUUACCAAAAGCGAAAUACUUAUGCUGUACAUGGGGCGACAAAGGCGCUGCAUUGCUGACACGGCCUGAGAACGCCUGUAUAUCGAUGCCUGCACUGGCGAUUCCAAACGCAGAGGUUGUGGAUCCAAUAGGCGCCGGUGACACAUUUGUCGCUGGUAUGUUAUUCGGUAUUUUAUGCUACCGUGAUGAUUGGGACCAGACACGCAAACUACAGUUUGCCACCGAGCUUGCGAGUCUCAAAGUUCGCCAGGAAGGAUUUCAAGGAUUGGGGAGUGUCGUAGGCCAUCGCAUAGAACGGCGCUAG